ACACAUGGGAAAUUUUGCUGUUGAAGUAAGGAGGGUGGCUUUGCAGCUCAUGGAGGCAAUACUUGAAGGCCUGGGAUUGGGCAAGGAUUACCAACAUGAGAAAUUUGAAGAAGGAUUGCAGCUAAUGUCAGUGAAUUGCUACCCUAAAGAAUCAGAAGGUGAUGUGGCGAUAGGGCUGGCACCGCAUUCUGAUUACGGAUUCCUUACCAUCUUGCUCACAAGUUGUCGGGGCCUGGAGGUCGUUGAUCGCAACAGCAACAGCUGGAAAGUGGUACAGCAACUUCCACAUGCAUUGAAUGUCCACGUAGGAGACCACAUGGAAGUUCUGAGUAAUGGUCGAGUAAAGACUGUUGUGCACCGUGCUCUUCUGAAUCCUGAAGAAGAAAGGAUCUCUAUAGCUAGCAUCCUUGGUUUUGCACUGCAUGAGAAGGUCGCAUGUGCCAAAGAGCUAGUGGAUGAACAAAAUCCCAAAAAGUACAAAGAGAGCAGUUUCAACGACUUUCUAGAUUUUCUCACAAGUAAUAUGGACAACAAGGACAGGAACUUUCUUGGGAGCAUUAGGAUGUGAGGAGCAUAAUUACUAAUUGAGGUAUAAUCUUUACUUGAAGCCCCAAAGCAGAUGCUAUGAGAAGCUCUACGCUUACAAAGAUUCCCCCUGUCUGUUUGGAUUACUUAUCUGUAAUAGUUCUAAAUCAUGUAUCGGUAGUUUGUUCCCAUGUUUUUUUUUUCCCUUUCAUCGUUAUAUUGUAACUGGUCUGUAACAGGUAAAGAAA